ACUGCAGAUAAGUGACCGAGACAUUGUGAUAUAAAAUGCCAAAAAUUGACCACAUGGUCAGCUUGUGUUCUGUAACUUCUGAAUAAAGCUACAUUGUUUCAAUAGUGUGCAAGAAUUCAUUUUAAUAAAAAAAUACAUGAGACUAAUCUUCUUGUUUUCAACUAACGGACAUUAAACAUCGAUUUAACCAUGGCAACGUUUCAAGCAUUGGAUUAUAUUCUUUUUAUUGGAGUUUUAAUGAUAUCUACAUUUGUUGGGAUAUAUUAUAUUAUCAAAGAAAAAUUGGCGCCGAAACAAUCAACUUCAGACGAUUUGUUGAUGGGAGGGCGGGAAAUGGCGGUAUUUCCGGUCGCCAUGUCCCUGAUUGCGAGUUACAUGUCGGCGAUCACAGUUCUUGGCAUUCCGACCGAGAUGUACGUAUUUGGAGCUCAGUAUUGGUUAGUGGCGUUGUCGGGAUUGAUGACGUACCCCGUCACGUGUCACAUGUUCCUGCCUUUCUUUCAUAACAUGCAGUUAAGCAGUGCUUAUCAGUAUUUGGAGCUACGUUUUAAUCGUGUGACGAGAUAUUUGGCAUCAGCUAUAUUUGCAAUUGAAAUGGUUUUGUACAUGGCCGUAGUUUUAUAUGCCCCAUCUCUUGCUCUAAACCAAGUAACUGGACUAUCAUUGUGGGGCUCAAUACUCAGUGUGGGAAUUGUCGUCACAUUUUACACGUCAAUGGGCGGGCUAAGGGCGGUGUUAUGGACAGACACAUUCCAGACGCUGGUGGUGAUUGCUGGACUUAUAGGCAUUAUCAGCAUUGGUUCGAGUCACUUAGGAGGAAUCACGAAAGUCUGGGAUAUAGCUAGUGCUGGUGGUAGAAUCAACUUUUGGAAUUUUAGUAUCAGUCCGUUUGUACGCUGCACAUUCUGGGGAUUGACAAUCGGCAGUUUCAUUGGUCAGUUGACGAUUUACGGAGCCAAUCAGACGAUGUUACAGAGAUACAUGAGUAUCAGCAACGUGAAGAAGUCUCAGCUAGCGUUGUAUGUGUCACUUCCGGUAACAAUUGGACUGGUAUCUUUGGUGUGUAUUGCUGGACUGGUUAUCUACGCAGCCUAUCACGAUUGUGAUCCGUUCCUGGACGGCAAACUACUGGCCAGAGAUCAGCUAUUACCGUACUAUGUGAUGGAAACUCUCGGAGACAUACCGGGUGUACCCGGACUAUUUGUGGCUUGCAUAUUCAGUGCUGCUCUAAGUUCCAUAUCUUCCUGUUUGAACGCACUUUCUAUAACAGUCCUGGAGGAUAUGAUAAAGCCAUGCUUAGAUACAUGGAAUGUUCAACUAAGACCUGAAUUUGAGACCUGCUUAGCUAAAGUUCUAGGUGUGAUUGGCGGUGCUCUUGUGAUUCUUUUUGCAUUCUUAGCUGCUGCCUUGGGAACAACAGUUCUUCAGAUUAUGAUAAGUGUUCUUGGAAUGGCAGGGGGGCCUCUUCUUGGCUUGUUUUUAAUGGGCAUGUUUCUGCCAUGUGUCAACGCAAAGGGCGCCAUCAGCGGUCUUAUUGUGAGUACAGUUGUAAUAUUCUGGAUCGUUAUAGGCGCUUACGUUUAUCAAGCGCCUCAACCGGAACUUCCGUUUGUAACAUCCGGGUGUGUAGAUCACACAACAAGCAUCCUGGGACAUUAUGUAGAAAAUGACCUUGACCUGGUGAAUCCACAGUAUGCGAUGCCAAACGAUAACAUCAUCUCACAGCAAAGUGAUGACGAAUGGAAUGGACUGAUGGUUAUAUUUACGUUAUCAUUUUUAUGGUAUCCUACACUAGCCGUUGGUAUCGCUCUUGUCGUUGGUAUAUUUGUAAGCUGGUGCACAGGUUGGACGGACAAGUCAUUGAACCCACAAUACAUAUACCCGGUGUCUCAGAACCUACUAUGUUGUAUACCAUGGUCUAUACAAAAACGCCUUAACUGUAGUUCCUGGUGGACAUACAAUGUACGAAAAGUAGACACUUUCUUUUCCGACGAAGAUGAUAGCGACACUAGUGACAUUGUUAAAAAAGUGAAAGUUAAACAUCAUAAAAAGGCAGCAAAGGACAAGGUAAAACUGCUACCUCGCUAUACAGACAGUCCUGAUGGAUUUGAAGCUAGCCUGAAUGAAUCAGAACUUUGAUGAUGAAGUGAAAUAUGUUUCUUAUAGAAUAGAGGACAUAAAGACUUGUGUCGACUAGCGGGAAACAUUCAUAGAACAAGAUAAGAUAAUGAUAAAUUUGCAAAGACUAAAGCUAUGUAUGAUCAUGUUUGUUUUACAACUUUGUUCAUGAAAAAAUGUGACAAAAAGAUGGCAUCAGCAAGUCUGCAUUUCAUUCAAUAUGUUAAUCACUUUUAACCCUUAACCUGUUGAGUUAAUGUAAUGGAUUUGCCCUACUUUCAGUUGAGAAUAGUUCAUUAAAAGUUUAAUAGGUUUUAAUGUCAAGGUACAAAAAAUUCGCCGCCAACAGUAAAUAGUAUGGUCAGACGGGACAAGGAGGAACUUGUAGUCUGAUUUUAAUAUUAAAGGGACUCCACUGGGUUUUUUUACAUGACGGGACUGGAAAAUGUUUUCAAGAUUUUUUAACCAUUUCAAUGUAAGCCAUAACCAUUUGCUUGUGCACAAAAUAUAAGGUCAUUCUCUCACAGCAUUUUUCCAUUGGAUUCAUUUUCAAAAUACACAAUGCCCCUAAAAAAAUGAAAAAGGCGUUGUAAUUUUUUUUAUUCAAAUCGCUUUUCUCUCAAAGAUUUGCAAUAACUAUCGACUUUCUGUUUAAUUCUGAGUAUAUUUCUUUACUUUCCUCCGCAGAGGUUUACAUUAUAAGUGCUUCACUUGAUAGAUGUUAAAAAUUUAAAUUUUAAGUUUUUAGUUUUUUUGAUCUUAGUGGAGCCCCUUUAAGAUACCAAAAUUGGGCUACCAACAGUAUAGAGCCUAGUUUGAUUGCACGAUGUGCAGAUCCGCCUGAUUCUAUACUGGUGGCAAAGGCAAAUCAUUUACACUUCCGGCAGGUUAAGGGUUAAAACAGUUAUGUUAGUGUAUAGAUGUGUUUCUUUGUGCGUACUUGCAUUGAUAAAAAUGAGUUUUUGUUGCUGUUUGAAACUGUUUGAGGCAUGUAUUUGUUUAAAAAAAUAUUUAUAUUAAAUUUUGAAAUGAACUAUUCAAAAUGACUUUGUAUAAU